AUGUCUUCCACCAGCCACUCUGAUGCUCAUAUCACCGCUACUAUCAUGGACCCUUUCAAUUACGAUCACACCGAGCGCUCGGAACGGAUCGCUACCCAUCUCAUCCAAGACCACCAUCUUGCAUCUCAGGAGACUGUGCUGCUCGUCUUUCCUUUCGGUCUCGACUUUAUAGUCGCCUUCCUUGGCGUUCAGCGAGCUGGUGGUGUUCCUGUCCUCGUUCCGCCUCUCAACCCAGCCCAGCUGGACAAAGAUCUGGCUCACUUUAACAAACUCGCUCACAUUUCUAACGCACGCAUCGCUCUGACUCUUGGAUCCUACUCCGCCGCGCUCAACCUUGCGUCGGGCUGGCGCAACAUCAAAGCAACCUUCUGGCGCACCCAGUCGUCUCAGCGCUGGAUUGACCUGACCUGGGUCAGCAUCAACACGAUUCGCUGUCAGCCUGCCUCCGACUCAGUGCAUACACCGCAGGUCGACCUUGAUCAUCUCGCUUUCCUUCAGUACACCUCAGGAUCAACUGGUGAUCCCAAAGGUGUCGAAGUGACGCACCGCAAUUUGGUUGCCAACCUUCAAACCAUCUGUCAGACAGUUUCGUACACUCCCGACACCGUUGGCUGCACCUGGCUUCCCCACUUUCACGAUUUCUGCCUCAUUGGCUGCGUUCUCACCAGCUUCUAUGCAGGCGGCACUGUCUACCUUCAAAGCCCCCUUGACUUUGUCAAAAACCUCAAUUCCUGGACUAGAGCCAUGUCAACUUUUAGAGCCACCCACACUGCUGCGCCCAACUUCGCUCUAGACCUUGCUGCUAGGAAGUACAAUGGCGCUCCUCUCGAUCUCUCUGCCCUCCAAUGCGUUCCUGCCUACGGGUUGGCCGAAGCCACUCUCGGCCUUUCCUUUUAUCCACACCAAGCAAAGUCGAUCGAAGACCUCGUUGGACUCGACGACGCCGUUCUAUGCGGUCCUCCUUGCGUCGGCGUGACAAUGCGCAUCGUGGAUCCAAAGACUGGGGCAGAUGUCACGGAUGCAGGUCAGGAGGGUGAGAACUGGGUCGCAUCACCUUCAGUGUCUUUUGCUUAUUACAAUCUGGAUGAGGCUUCUCGGGAGACCUUUCACAACCACCUCAAUGGCUAUCCCCGUCUUCGCUUUCUCCGCACAGGCGAUCUGGGAAAAGUCUGGCGUGCCCCUGGCAAGGAUGGCAUCGUGUCCGGUGGCCAGCCUCAACUAUUGGUCACAGGAAGACUCAAGGACAUUUUCUUUAUCCACGGCCGCAACGUUUACCCCCAAGGCAUCGAAGAACUCGUCUGGACCACCGUCGCCCUUUGUGCAGAAGUCCGCAAAACGAUCCUAUCACGGUCAGAAAGGAACAAAACUUUUGCAAGCGUACUCCAACAAAUUCCGGCCUUGAUGCUCUCAUCGAUGGGCAUCAUGCUCGAUCACAUCGUCCUCGCUGAACCUGGUCAGAUCCCACGCACCACUUCCGGCAAGAUUCGUCGGAAGCAAGCCACGGCUCUGUACGAAGAUGACAAGAUCAAGGUCGUCUAA